UCACUGGCAUGUUUGUAAAACCGAAUAGAAACCAGUGUCAUUUGUUAGUCUCACUACCCUUAUAACUCUCAGUCACGAGAACCUUUCUCAUCUUAUCAUUUAAAAUUUAUAUAUCACAAGAACAAGAAGAAGAAACAGAGAAACAACUCAAGAAGAAGAAGAAGCUCUGAUUCAACUGAAUAUCAGAAGAAGAGCAAGGAUGGGCAAGGGCAUGUCAAUUCUGUUGGUGAUUUGUGCGGUGUUUUUAAUGGUGAUUUCGUCGAAUGUGGAAGCUUUUGGAGAACACAACUUGGAUUGGAUGCCGUCUUCGUUUGGUGAAGGGACCAUCGGAGAAUCUUUGGAAAUUGAAGAGUUUCAGAUGGAUUCAGAGAUUAGUAGACGUAUUCUAGCAACGACCAAGUAUAUUAGUUACGGUGCUUUGAGGAGGAAUACUGUUCCUUGUUCAAGAAGAGGUGCGUCUUACUAUAAUUGUAAACCAGGUGCUCAGGCGAAUCCUUACAGCCGUGGGUGUAGCAAAUUGAGUAGAUGCAGAAGUUAGUGAAAGAAUUUCAUUUAUUUUCUCUCUUUUCGGUUGAUUAUAUUAUACCGGUGGAUUUAUGGUGGUGGCGGUGGUGGUCAUUUGAUUUGGUUUAGAUAAGGAAAAAAUAUAUAUGUGACGCUCAUAAAUUUGAUGUUUGUUAUUGUAAAAACCAUAGAUUUAUAUAAUUUCUUGUAAUAAUACUACAAUUUUAUUAUUUAUUUUUUAUACAAGCUCAUCACUAUGAUUUUGCA